GGCGGAGCUAGGCGGCUGGUGCAGAGCGACAGCGCCUAUCUUUGCACCCGCCGCUGUCGCCCGGGCAGUGAGAGGCCAGCGGGGUUGCGCGCUGCGCAGCUCGGUCCCCCUGGAAGGCUCCCUGUCUCCUGCGUCCCAGUCGGGGAGGAAGAGAGGCCUCUCAGCACAUUUCCGAGGCAGUACAUUGCCAGAAUAUUGGCUACUUAUUUGGACAAACAUUUCUCCAAGGAGGACGAAGCACUCUGUGCCCAUGUUACCACCUGUGAAGGACUGACUGACCCACCAGCUUGUGCCACUUCUUGCUCCCGCCAUGGGACCUUCGGGGAGCAUGCUGAGCAGCGGACAGAUGCAGGUGGUCCUGUGGGGCAGUUUGGCGGCUCUCGUCACUUUCUUCCUCAUCAGUUUCCUCGUCUUUCUGUGCUCCAGUUGUGACAGAGAAAAGAAGCCGAGACAGCACAGCGGGGACCACGAGAACCUGAUGAACGUGCCUUCUGACAAGGAGAUGUUCAGCCGCUCAAUAACUAGCCUGGCCACAGAUGCACCUGCCAGCAGUGAACAGAACGGAAUACUCACCAAUGGGGACAUUCUUUCAGAAGACAGUACUCUGACCUGCAUGCAACAUUAUGAGGAAGUCCAGACCUCAGCUUCAGAUCUGCUGGACUCCCAGGACAGCUCAGGGAAGCCAAAAUGUCAUCAGAGCCGGGAACUGCCCAGAAUUCCUCCUGACAGCGCCGUGGACAUGAUGAUCAACGCGAGAGCCGUGGAUGGGGACCAGGGCCUGGGGACGGAAGGGCCGUACGAAGUACUCAAGGAUAGUUCCUCCCAAGAAAAUAUGGUGGAGGACUGCUUGUAUGAAACUGUGAAAGAAAUUAAGGAGGUGGCGGCAGCUGUGAACCCAGGGAAAGGCCAUGGCAGCAGGUCAAAGUCAACUUCCGCUUUGAAAGAGCUUCCGGGGCCUCAAGCCCCCCAAGCAGACUUUGCUGAGUAUGCCUCGGUGGACAGAAACAAAAAAUGUCGACAGAGUGUUAAUGCAGAGACUGUUCUUGGAAAUUCAUGCGAUCUGGAAGAGGAAGCCCCACCACCUGUCCCCGUUAAACUUCUGGAUGAGAAUGAAAACCUUCAGGAGAAGAGAGAGAGCAAGACAGGAGACGAAGGAGCCACAGAGGGGACCAGUGAAACCAACAAGAGAUUUAGUUCAUUGUCGUACAAGUCCCGGGAAGAGGACCCAACUCUCACAGAAGAAGAGAUCUCAGCCAUGUAUUCAUCAGUAAAUAAACCUGGGCAGUCAGGGAAUAAAUCGGGACAGUCUCUUAAAGCUCCAGAGUCCACCUACACCUCCAUCCAAAGCGCCGCUCAGAGAUCCCCCUCUUCCUGUAACGAUCUCUACGCGACUGUUAAAGACUUCGAGAAAACGCCAAACAGCGGUAGCAUGCUUCCAGCAGCAGUGAGACCCAGUGAGGAACCCGAGCCCGAUUAUGAAGCAAUACAGGCUCUAAACAGAGAGGAAGAAAAGGCCACCCCAGAGACCAAUGGCCACCGAGGCCUUCUCCCGAAGGAGAAUGACUAUGAGAGCAUUGGGGAUUUGCAGCAGUGCAGAGACAUCACCAGGCUCUAGCAGCCCCAAAGACAACCCCAGAUGCCGUGUGCUCAGCCGCCUGGAGGGCUCAGCUGCCUGGGGGGCACUCCUGCGGGAAACAAGAAGCUCUGUCAACCCACACUCUGUAUGCUGCUCCGGUAACCUGAAGACGAUUGAAAACGUGGAGACUGUUUAGCAGGGUCGGAAACAGUGAGGUACGUACCGAGUGCACCCGAGUGCGUCCCUGCCUGCAGGGGGCACUCGCACGCCCAAGCACAUCUCUUUCAUGCACCCUCGCCCUCUGGAAAGGUCCCAGCUGUCGGUGGUUUCAUCCUAUUCGUGAGGAAAGCCAAGAUGAAAGGAAGAACUGCGUUCAUCAAGAACCACGACCCCACCUGCCUAAAAUACUGCCAUUCAGAAGAGCCAGGUUUUUCUUCCUUUCUUUUUUUUUCCUGUCUGCCCCUAAUAUUUCUUCCCCGUGAAAUCUUCCGAUUUCUAAUGGUUCAUUCCGAGAAAAUUCUCCCCCGAGGCUUGGCCCUUGCCUUCCACUUAGGGAUUUUAAGAUGGUAAGAAACUGUGGUUGCUGGUUCCUGUCAGCUCACAGGCCUCUUCCAAGAGCCGCACCUGGAAAAACGACCACUGCAGGUGGACAGGACCGGGGCUGCCUCUUAGGUUUAGGUCUUCAUUCCUUCUGAUUUAGGCACUCCACAUUGGCAGCCUCUCCCAAAGUACUUGAAGUCAUUUUUAGAUGCUUUAUUUUAUUUUUCUAGUCAAAGCGUGCCCCCCCUCCCCAGUAUUUGAAACUCUUCAGAGCCUUUUCAGUAUUUUCAAUGAACAUUGUGGUACUUCUAUACUUGUUUUAGCCCAGAGCUCAUUUCUCUGAAACAGAGAGCCUUAAUCUCCAUGUUGGGACACACCACAUAUUUGGACGGCAGCCAUGGCAUCCGUCUCUGAAGGGCUGCGGACUUGAAUGUGUAUUUCUGAUGCUCUCUGCUGCCACACUAACAGUGUGAGAUUUCAUAAGUUAACUGCUACCCUAAGGUAAUCUAUCUAAAAUUAAAAUGUAAACAUUUAUUUUUGUUAUAUAAAUUUAUAAGAUGUUUUAUGUUUAACGCCUAAUUUCUAGAAAGUGCCAGAAAAAAAAAUGUAUAUUAACUAUUUUGAUUUUGUGUACAAUGAUUUAUACUCUCAUUUUGAAAAGACACCAUAAAGCACAUAAGCUAGGUAACUACACGUAGCUGUUAUCUUUUUUCUAAUCGAGUGUUUAAAAUACUGAAGGUUUUUUCAAGACUUAACUUUUCAAAUGGUACUUGGAGCUCCUGGUCAAAGUCAUCUGGCUCACUAGAGAAAUCAGCAGAAUAAACACAAAGGAUCAUUUUCAGUGAGUUCAGUGGGCAAUACUGAAAUAUUUGAAAUGGUUGAAAACAAUGGAAAGAACGAAAUAUGACUAGGGAUGUCUGCAUUAUUAACCUCAUGAAGGUAUUUACAAUUCCAUUAAGAUUCAGUUACAUGUUUAAGAAAACAGUGAUGGUUUCUGCAAGCCAGUCCUUGCAAAUGCAAAUUGCCUAUUGGGGUUUUUUUCCCUUUCAUUUUACAAAAAUCAGUGGCUGAAAUAACUCUGAUUAAGAGCUCAGCCUGGUUUGAAUUUAAUCAUCUCUUUAGACUUUAUAAGGCCAACAUUGGGAAACUUGUUCACUUUUCAUUUUAAAAGGAACCUGCUAUUAUACAGUGUGGCUACAGAAAGGGACCUUUUCCUACACUGACAAAGGGGGAAAAAAGAGGCAGUUAUUCAUUGCUGCUGCGACAUGUCUGGCUUUUCAGGUUGAAUACUCUUGCUGUUUUCACUCAUUAUGACAAAGGACGCCGUUGGAGGAUGAGGCAUCUUGCAAAUGGUAGGGACCAGCUCACAGGCGUGUUUUUUUCCCAUCCCUUGCAUUCAUGGCUUGAUUUUUGUGACUGCUCUGUGAUACAUUUCUGAAAAUUGUGAAGUGAGCUUUGUUGGGGUAAACCGGUCGGUUGUCAUUAUGUUUCGGUCAUCCUGGUCUUUCCCAUGAAGACCGCUCGAGCCUAAGCACAAUCAUCAUUGACUAGAAGAUAAGGGCAGAAAUACCCUUGGAUUGGGGGGAAAGUUCAUCAGGAAGGUGCCACAAGUGGGCCUUGUUCUCUGAAUUCGUAUCUUUCAUGAGCACUGUUUUGCCUGGUGAUUUUCAUUGCUUACUUGGUAUUAAUGAGUUUGACCCAACAAUCUCUACAUCCUGGGGUUCCUUUAGCACUUGGGGACGGCCUUGUCACAUCGCAUACCUAGUAUUGUGCAUGCUGCAGUAAUGUCCUUUAUGAGCGCUUGACCACUCCAAAGUUUUACUGUAUUUCAUAAUGUCUUUACUUAUUGCCAGGGAGGUGAGAAUGACCUCUAAAGUGUAAAAUCAUUUCCAGAGAGGAAAGUUCUUUAUAAAUAGCCCUAUCAUCUUGAAAUUUCAUUAUCAGAAUUUCCCCCAGAAGCUCUGAAAUAAAGGCUAUGCAAUAUAGCCAUAAAAUAUGCACUGAACUCUCUCUUGAUUUGAGAAUCUGUGCUAAGAAUAAGUUGUGAUUUGAAGUAUUAUAAGUAUAUUUUAAAAGAAACUAGAAGGUCCUCCGGCAUAAAUGCUAAAAGAAGUAAUAGCACAAUCCAUGAGGGGUGGGGGGCAGGGAGAAGCGGAGUAAACUUUGGGAGCAGGCUUGCUGUUUAGACCAUUGGGUACCUCACUGAACUACAGUAUUGAUGUAUCCUCAUGGUUUUGACCUUAAAGUACAGUAUUUCAUAAAUUUUGUCACUUUUACUUUAUUCAUUGAAAAUCUGUACUAGUCUUUGAGUUGGACAAAAGCCUAUGGCUUCUUUAAAAAAGUUUCAUGUUCAGCUAAAUGUUACAGUUUAAAUCUGUGAAAGGUAGUUAUGAAAAGUUUUUACAGUAUUUUUAAAAUUCAACUUUGACAUCCAUAUUAUGCAUUGUUAUAACUUACGUUAUGUGAAAUUACACAAAUAAACUAAGUUUUAGGAAGUGUUUUUUUGUCCUGUAAGUCAGAAUUGUAAACUCAUCUUGCCUAAAGGCAGGAUCUUUGUUUUUAGUCAGAUAUUUUGAAAGUUUAGAAGAAUUUUUAUGCUGUUUUUACUAUUUCUCAAAUGCAGUCAGCAGGAAAGUAUGACCUAUUUUACGUGAAAUGUUUAAGGAAAUUUUAAAUUCUAGAAGAAAGUAAUUUUUGCAAAUAUGUGGGCCACAUACAUUUUCUUUCCUGUCCACUAAAUUAUGUCAUUAGGUUUAUUAAAGCUUUUGAAGGUACUGCUGUCUUUUGUGGAAGAAGGCUAAUUACUGAUGUAUCUGCCCUCAAAAUCCAAGAGUUAAUUCUAAUUAAGUGCUAACAAGAGGUAGCCACCACGAAGAACUAAAAUUUAACCUCAGGCUGUCACUGUAUCUAUUUCUCGUAUUUGACUUCCGUUUUCUUAAUUAGAGCAUUUAUUUACUUUAACCAGUAACACACUGUGUGUAUACAUGUACAUAUACUAUACAUACAUACCUAUACAUAUUUACACACACACACACACACACACACACACACACAUAUAUAAAGAUGUCUUUGGAAUGUCUCCCCUACUAGUGUGAUGACUAUUGUCAUAAAAGCAAAAUAGAAAAAAGCUACCCAAUAGUUUUCACUCAGUAAUUACAAGAAAGCCUUCCUAGGUUGCCCUCAUACCAUUUUUCUUAUUAAUAAGUUCAGGUUUUAAGUUGUGUCCAUAAUUCUCUUCGUUGAAACCCAGUGGUGUUUUAAAAUAGUUUUGUCUUGGUUUUUUUUUAAAUGUGUGUGGCUCCUUGCAUAUUCAGCAUGACAGGAGGAAAUGUAAAUAGGCAUCCUUCUCAGUGUUCUCAGUGUUGAGAAGAGAUUCGGCCGAAAGCAACAAGAGCCAUGUGAGCCAGGACAGAGCCACAGGGAGGUGACCCCCACCCCCCGCACCUGGUAGCAGAAGCAGAGGCCCGUUAUCACAUGGCUGCAUUUUAUUUCAUUUUCCUUAGAAGGCCGUGUGAGUUUACCGCAGAACCAGCGAGCGGUGAUGUAGCAUGACGUGCAGAAAACCGCUCUGAGAUGUUCUGAGAGGCGGCUCUCAUCCCAGAGCUUCAGUUCAAGACUGAGUUAGGAUUUUGUAAAUGAGUAAAUGACAUUUUUUUUUCCAGUGCUCCUUGUACUAGUUAAUACUGAGUCCGUGUGAUCUAGUGAUGCCAUUCUUCCAAAAGUGUCGGCGUCUGGUACCCAGCCAGUUUCGUGGUGGCCCGGGAAGCACAGCUGUACUGACGGCUCUUUCCUGGAAAUCCUGACAGGCUUACUGUCCUGUGUAACCAACCGGGAGAAGCUCGAGUGUAUCGUUUGGUGUAAGUGACUGAUGUGAAAAAUAGGAACGUGUGUCUAUAAUCUCAGAUACGCCUUCUUUUUGCAGUGAAAUCUAUACGCCUCGUCCUGUAGUAGUGCUCUGUGUGCUGUACCUUUUUGUAAACACGGUAUUCUUGACAGUGGCAUUGGACAAGUUCAACGCACCUAGAAAGCGUCUGACGUAAAGAGACCAGUCCAGAAACCGUGAUAGACUAGUCUUCAUCUGGAAUUAUGAAAGUAAAUUUUAAAAACCGUGGUCCAGAAGAGAACAAAUAUUCAUAAGUGGGUUUUUUUCCUAUCGCUCAUUUUUAGGUCUGUUUACGUCCAGUCUCUGGUAUUUAUAAAGUAGUCAUUGUUUUUCCAGGUUCUUCUUUAUUUCAGUUUUUCUUAAUGCCGGAUGAAAUGAGAAAUGUUGUAACUUUUAUUAAAAAGGAAACUCUUUUAAGCAUUCCAUUUGGUAAUCGUUUAUCUUAAUGCAGUCAAAUUAGAUUUUUCUUUGCUCACCACUUAUAUACCGUGGGUAUUUUUUAAAAAUAUAUUAUGCUCUGGUUGUCUUAGAUCACCUUCUGUAAUGGAUGAUAAAGGCUGGUAAUGGUCAUUCCUCAAACUUCUGUGUAUGAAAUUGGCAACGGUUUCAUUGUUGUUACCUUUUAAACAUCCUGUUUUAUUAAUGCACCUCAAGUUUUCAGGGGAAGUUUGAAAGCUAAACAAAUAGGAAUUUGCAUUUCACUGUCCAUGCAUUUUUUCCUCAUAAAAAUAGUUUCUCAGAAGAAAGCGACAUACUGUCCCAUAGGUGGUCCUGAUCAGUUUCAAAGUGCUCCUCUGACUCAAAAAUAAUUCAUGACAAUGGCGUUUUGACUCAUUGUCUCAAAAGGUCUUUAUAAUGGUCAAAUUGUCUAAUUCACAAGAGAGUGGAAAAAGUUGUUUCUGAUACUGGGCAUUUUCAAACCUUAGUUUUAAGUCUGAAAAUAUCUCACUGGCUUUAACAUCUUCUAAUUUUUCCCCUCCGCUGCUCUAGUCUUUUUAAGGAGCAAGUCUAAAGAACGGGGACACAAAGCCACUAUUUCUUCCGAUCUUACCUCGGCUCCUUCCGCACAGGUGACCUUCUGUCACUUUGCACAGCACCACACCUGUUCCCCCUCCCCACCCUGGCUGCUCUCUGCUAUUCAUAGGCCAUUCCAACACAUCUUUUGCAAAAUGGACACACUCCGCAGAUCACGGAUCCUGCCCGCCAGCAUGGAACCAUUCCCUGCCACUGUCCGGUGGGCGGACAGCUCUGCCCGACUCACAUGUU